UCAGGCAGUCAGACAGUGUGCAUACACUCCUCUGCCAAGGAAGCUUCUUUAAAAAUGCACUUCACAUAGCCUGAAGCACAAGUGAGAUGUCAUGGAGAUGGAGACCAUCAUCUUCAUUUGAGAACAGUACAGUAGAAGUAGAGUUGCCAAAUCCAUUAGGAAUCAGGAAAGAAACCCAAAAGGGAUCCAUCAACACAACAACCGGUGCUGGAACUGUGAGUGUGUUCCUGCCGCUGUUAAAUUGUGUGGAACAGCAAAGCCACUCUCAGGCUGUCGACAGUUCUGCAGAAUACCAACAGCUGCAGGGUUAGUCUUUCUGCCUUGGAGACACAGAAAUAUCGGCCUGGGUAGCGGGUGCAUGGAAAUGUUAGAUUUGGUGAUCCCACACAAUCUGACUGGAAGCAUUGAGUGUCCCAACAAUUCAGAUUUCAACAGCGCUCAGAUUAGUAACAUCUCAGUCUCAUCAAAUGGCAAGGAAGGUAGGAGAACAAAUCUAGCAGACAAAUCGGAGUCGAUGAGCAGCAGUGAAAUUUCCACAGCAGCAUUGGAACAAUUCUCCAAUUCAGCUAAUAGCAGUGAUCUCAGUAAAAGGCAACCACACCAGUUUUCACCCCAGAUUUAUACUUCAAAAUCAUAUCCACACAUUAUUCCUACACCCUCUUUCCAUGCCAUGGCGGCCUAUGGACAGACACAAUACACAGCGGGGAUUCAGCAAGCUGCUCCCUAUGCUACUUACCCACCACCAAGUCAACCCUAUGGAUUACCUUACAGCAUCAAGACAGAAGAUGGUCUGAGCCAGGCACAUUCUCCGGGACAGACAGGAUUUCUUGGCUAUGGCACCAGUUUCAGUACACCAUCACCAGGCCAGGCACCUUACAGCUACCAGAUGCAUGGUAGUAGCCUGACAGCAACAUCAGGGAUUUAUCAGGGAAACAAUGCAAUCACCAGCUCUACAGGUUUUAGCAGUGCACAGCAGGAAUAUACUGCAUAUCCAGGCUUCCCACAGGGACAGUAUCCACAGUAUUACAGCUCUGCAUACAGCUCUCCGUAUGUAACCGCAAAUAACAUUAGCCCUUCAGCCAUUUCUGGAAUGACUUAUCAGAUCCCGGAGCCACCAAUUGCUAUAACUAAUCAAACGAGUGCAGAGUCAAUGUCGGGAGAUUACAAUACUGUCAAUCGAGCCAGAACCCCUGUGAAAGAUUUGGAUUCAGAUCGACAGCGGAGAAGUUCAGAUGGAAAGUUACGUGGAAGAUCAAAAAGGAAUAAUGAUCCUUCUCCUCUCCUAGACACUGACAUUGAGCGAGUUUUUGUUUGGGAUUUGGAUGAAACUAUCAUUAUUUUCCAUUCAUUACUGACAGGGACAUACGCCACCCGUUAUGGAAAGGAUACACCCACUGCAGUGUCACUUGGGUUGCGAAUGGAGGAAAUGAUUUUUAAUUUGGCUGAUAUGCAUCUAUUCUUCAAUGAUUUAGAGGAGUGUGACCAGGUUCAUAUCGACGAUGUAUCUUCAGAUGAUAAUGGGCAGGAUUUGAGCACAUAUAACUUUGCAACAGAUGGCUUCCAAACAGCAGCAGUUGGUGGAAACCUUUGUAUAGGUUCUGGUGUGCAUGGGGGAGUAGACUGGAUGAGAAAAUUAGCAUUCCGCUAUCGUCGAGUAAAAGAAAUGUACAACACCUACAAAAACAAUGUUGGGGGUUUAAUUGGAACACCCAAGAGGGAAGGGUGGCUGCAGCUGAGAGCUGACAUGGAAGCCUUAACUGACCUGUGGCUGACACAUGCACUGAAAGCACUCAGUCUAAUUAACUCUAGGUCAAAUUGUGUGAAUAUCCUUGUUACAACAACACAGCUGAUACCAGCCCUCUCAAAGGUACUGUUAUAUGGACUGGGCACAGUCUUCCCAAUAGAAAAUAUUUACAGCGCUACAAAAACAGGGAAGGAAAGCUGCUUUGAAAGAAUAAUUCAAAGGUUUGGAAGAAAAGCAGUCUACAUCGUAGUGGGAGAUGGAGUUGAAGAAGAACAAGCAGCAAAAAAGAACAAUAUGCCAUUCUGGAGGAUCUCGUGCCACGCAGACCUCGAGGCCCUACGGCAUGCUCUGGAACUUGAGUACUUGUAGCAGAAAACAGACUGCACCUUUGUUCCUUGACUGUGGUGCUGAUCCAGCUAUGAGAUGUGUGGAUUAUGCAGUUGAUUUAUGCUUUGUCUUAACCUUCAUGGAAGCAAAAUGAAAAUGGUUUCAGAAUUAUGAAUGAGAUCUGACCUUCAAAGAGCAAAAAAAAAUUGAUUUAAAAACCACUGCACCAAGGUCACCAUCACAGAAAUGUGCCUUUAUUGAAAAGACACAAACCUGAUGCAUUAACUACAAAGUCAACUGAAUCCUUCUUUAUCAGCAAGACUUUAUUUUGGACACCAAGAGGGAACAAGAGACUUGUGGUUAUCAACAGCGUGGUACAAUCACUGUUUUUAAGAACAUAAGAAAUAGGAGCAGGGGUCGGCCAUUUUGCCCCUCAAGUCUGCUCCAUCAUUCAGUAAGAUCA